UUGUUUUUUUUUUUUUAAGAGAAUUUGGUUUGAGAGAUAAAAUGGUAUUGGAGAAGCUGGGUUUGGUGUAAAGAAAUGAGGGGGUUGCGAGACAAGGCACUCGGGGUUAUGAAUUGUAAACGCAGUUCAUUGCCUCCCAACGACGCUGUUGUCGUCGCGGUACUCGAAUGCCGAUUCCGUUCGCGGUGGGCAUUCGAUUCUUUCUCCAUUGCCUCCGAAGCCUUCUCUGAGCACCAUCAUCAUCAACAACAACAACAACAACAACGUCGUCGUUUCUUUCACAGCCUUGUCCUUUAACGGCCAUCGCUUUCAUCUCUUUGAUUGCUUAGUCCACUCUCUUUGUCCCCCUCCCUCUGCACACCCCUAGAAAAAAAAACCAUUUUUAAAAUUUGAAAAACGAAGAACAUAUACAAAUUUUUCCUUGUCUUUUUGGUAGCUGUUUGGUUCCUAGCAGAAAUGAAUUCUGGGUCAGGAUUGGUAUUGCCUUCGAAUGAUGGAAUGGUUGAUACUUCUGAAGCAGAGCCCGAUUUCGUAGAAAGAGAUCCUACGGGUCGUUACGUUCGGUUUGAUGAAGUCUUGGGCAAGGGUGCAUUCAAGACAGUUUAUAGGGCAUUUGAUGAAGUUGAUGGAAUAGAAGUUGCUUGGAACCAAGUAAGGAUCGAUGAUGUCCUGCGGUCGCCAGAAGAUUUGGAAAAAUUGUAUUCUGAAGUUCAUCUCUUGAGAUCAUUGAAAAAUGAAAAUAUCAUCAAGUUAUACGAUUCAUGGGUGGAUGACAAGAAGAAAACUGUUAACAUGAUAACUGAGCUGUUCACAUCUGGGAGUCUCAGGAUAUAUCGAAAGAAGCAUAAAAACGUUGAUAUGAAGGCCAUAAAGAACUGGGCAAGGCAGAUUCUUCGAGGCCUAGUGUAUCUUCACAGUCAUGUCCCCCCUAUUAUUCAUAGGGAUUUAAAGUGUGACAAUAUCUUUAUUAAUGGGAAUAAUGGAGAAAUUAGAAUUGGUGACCUUGGCUUGGCAAUUGUCAUGCAGCAGUCAACUGCUCGGAGUGUUAUUGGUACCCCCGAAUUUAUGGCUCCGGAGCUCUAUGAAGAGGAAUAUAAUGAACUGAUAGAUGUAUACUCCUUUGGAAUGUGUAUGCUAGAGAUGGUUACUUUUGAGUAUCCAUAUAACGAAUGCAAAAAUCCAGCACAGAUCUAUAAGAAAGUUAUCUCCGGCAUUAAACCUGCUUCCCUGAGUAAGGUGGUUGAUCCACAAAUAAAGGAAUUCAUCGAGAAAUGUCUGGUUCCAGCAUCUGAGAGAUUGUCUGCAAAGGAGCUUUUGGAUGAUCCAUUUCUUAAAGUAGAGAACCCAAAGGAACCAAUCCGAGAUCCCCUGCAACUACCCAACCCAAGUUUGAAAGCAAUAAAUGUACCUGCAAAUUUACCUGCAUCAGGACCUUUGUCCAUGGACAUUGAUACUGACUAUAAGCAGCUUUCUGUAAGCAUGUGCACUGGAAGCAAUAGUGAGAGUCUUCAGCUUCCGGUUUUGGAGUUCCAGAGAAUGCACAAGAACAAUGAAUUCAGGUUGAGAGGGAAAAAAGAUGAUGAUAACUCAGUUUCAUUGACCUUGCGUAUUGCUGAUUCUUGUGGUCGAGUAAGAAACAUACAUUUUGUCUUUUACCUUGAUACCGAUACCGCACUCUCAGUUGCAGCUGAGAUGGUUGAACAACUAGAGUUAACAGAUCAUGAUGUUGCCUUCAUAGCUGAGUUUAUUGAUCACUUGAUAAUGAAACUUCUACCUGGUUGGAAGCCCUCCUUUGAUUAUCCCUCAACUGGAACGGCAAGUCCCUGUGGUGAGUUUUCAGUUUCCGGAAACUGCAAAAACUCAAUGGCAUGCCCAUGGGAUUCAGUGCGAACUAGUGAUCCUGCAGUGAUGUUUGCGAAAGACAUUGUCUCUGGUCUAAAUACAAGCCUUCAAGGAGGUGUCAUUCAAGCCCAAGAUGGUUUCCAUAACGAGUAUCAUUCUUCUUUGGAAGAUCAAGAGUCACAUGCAUCGGUCGUUUCAGAGAUACCGGUUGAGGAGACUUCCACUAAGAAUGCUAGAUCGUCUGAGGCUGCUGAUUCGAAUAUAAAUGGAAUCUCUAAAGAUUUAGGAGGAUAUAUCUCUGAGCAAGAACUUCAGGAUACUUAUUAUGAUGAAUGCAACUCAAGAAGAAAUGAUAGCAGUGCUGAAGAGUGCAUACCAUUAAAUAUAUUUGUGAAGACUUCAGGGUUCUCCUUCCCCAAUUUAAGCAGAGAAUCAAAUGUUAUGUGCUUGCCAAGUAGCUGCUCAUCCCUGAUAACAGGGGACAAAGAUCUGGAUGUUGAAUUAAAGCUGGAGCUUGAUGCAAUUGAGGCACAGUAUCAAAAUUGGUUCCAAGAGCUUUCAAGGAUGAGGGACGAGGCAUUAGAGGCUACCAAAAAGAGAUGGAUGGCAAAGAAAAAGUUGGCUGAUCAGUGAUUAAGAACAUGAGUCAUUUUCUUCUUAUUGUUAUGUUACGUUGUUGUUUGUUUUGUCACUUUUUCCCUCUUAAAAAUUGUGAUGAUAUCAAUUUAAACCUCUUGCAUUGGACGCGGCUUUUUUUUUGGGUAGUCGUGAUCCUUCUUGAUCUAAUUUUGUGCUCAGAACCUGACUUUCUGGUCUUUCUUGGGAUUGGGAAUUGUAAUGUAUAUAAUCUUGCACCACA